AUGGCUCAACGGUUCACUGGUACUCUUUUAUCACUGGCAGCUUUCGCUUGCUACUCGGUCAUGGCUCAAGAUGAUGCGCCAGAGACUGCUGCUCCACCAUCGCAAGAAGCACCUGCUCCUGUCGUCAAACCAUGGACAUUGGAGGACUUUAGAGUGGAUAUGGUACUUGCCGCCAGCUUGGUUAUGUUUGUCAUUGUUCUCUAUGCUGGAUCACAAAUGAAUACGAGCAAAGCCAAAGAAUGGAUUGGUCACCAUGUUGAAUACUUGCAAAGCCAAUUUGCAUUGGUGGGAGACAAGGCUGAUAAGACUGUACUCGUCAAGGAUGGACCUUCGGAUUAUCUUUUAUAUGUCUCUGGAAGACGUAAUGUGCAAUAUGGUCACUGGUGGAUCAAGCUCAAGCCCAGAAGCGAUAUUGUAUCAUGGGUCAUCAACGUUGUGUGGACAUUGAUUGGAUUCGGCGUGUGGGAAACCGAUAGAGUUGAAGUGAAUAUGACAUUGGACAAGGAAAUCAAUGGACGUUAUGUGCUUGCCGUGUUGCCCAGCAACAAGGCUAAGGAGAUCCGCGAUGCUCGCUUUGACUUGAAAACGUUCACCAAGCUUGCUGAUGCUCCCAAACUCUCCAGCAAAUACAGUGUCUAUUCCGAAUCCCAAAAGCUUACUGAAGCCGUCAUGAACAGCCAUGUUUGCGAGCUUAUCAACAAUGCUCCUGAUUUCCAAUCCCUUAUCAUUUCGAGCAUGCCUGAUUACGAGCCUGAAAGAUACAAGGGUGAUGGUGAUCUUCGCUUUGAGUUAUCAUUCAACAUCUCGAAUCAAAAGGAAAUGGUACAAUUGGCAUGUGAGCUCCCCGAUGUAUUGGGUGGAUUGACCAUAACCCCUGAGAUCAAGAACCGCUUGCGUAAGAACCGUGAAGAGUUAGAAAAGAAGGAAGCCAAGCGCAGUGCUGAAGAACGUGCGGAGGAAUUGGCCAAGAAGAAGGCUGAUGCUAAAAAGGCUGAAGCUGAGCGUAUCAAGAACAUGAGCGUAGCCGAGCAACGCAAGUAUGAUGAAAAGGAACGUGCACGUGAGCUUAAGAAGAUGCAAAAGAAGAGAACCAAGCGCAUGUAG